UAUGGAUUAAGAUUAAUCAAUCAAAUUGGAGGAUAUUCAAUAUACAAAUUUCACAGAUUACAGUUAAAUACCAAAAAUAAUGCCUAUGAUUGAUGCUGAAUUAUCAGAACCAUAUUCAAUUUACACAUACAGAUAUUUUCUUUAUGGCUGGCCAGAUUUGUCAAUUUUUGCUUAUUAUAACAAUGAAAUUAUUGGGGUGAUUUCUUUUAUCAAAUUCCUAGGUUGUAAUAGGAAAAUUAGAUAAGCAUAAUAAAUCAGGCAGAAAUAGGGGUUACAUAGCUAUGAUUGUAGUAGAAAACAAAUAUAGACGUCUUAAAAUAGGGAGAAUUUUAGCAUAAAAAUUUAUUGACAAAAUAAAAGAAAAAGGUUUGAUUUAAAAUUUAAAUAAGGUGGUGAAGAAAUAGUUUUGGAGACUGAAUAAACUAAUUAUGCUGCAUUAAGAUUAUAUGAAUCUUUGGGUUUUGCUAAGAUGAAAAGAAUGUAAAACUAUUACAUGUCAGGUAAUGAUGCAUUUAGAUUGAAAUUAUUCCUUGUGGACCCUGUAGAUCCUCAUUUAAAAAGUGAAUGAA